GUUACCAAAGAUAACAUACUUUUACAUUGCGAAAUUCAAAACUCAGUACUUCCUCGCCGAAAACAAUCUUGAAUUUGCGUGUGACAUUUUCUAAGUAUUAUCCAAACGUAUUCAACCUGACAAAUAUGAUCUUUUUUGUUUGGGCAACAUUUGUCGCAUUAUCCAAUUUACCGAGCAGAAUUGAAGCUCUCCAGUGUCUGAGAUGUUCCAAUACUUUUGAGCCCCGGUUGUGUAACAGAAUAGAAGCAUGCAACAAAGGAGAGGUAUGUGGGGUGAGGCUGUACAGGACAGAUAAUGGAGAUACCAGCUUCUGGACUGGAUGCAUGUCUUCUUUGGACUGCACAAAGACUGUCAACAGGACAGUGAUCAACUCGAAGCGGGACGGUUCUUCUCAUAUCCCGGGAGUGGUCCUGUGUACGGAAUGCUGCGUGGGGGAUCUGUGUAACAGCGAGGGGUGCGGAGCCGUCGGUUACCCGACCAGCAGAGGCCCAUUGUGUUACGAUUGUCGUGAUAUACACGCCCCGCACGACUGCCAUAAAAUUGCUCCUUGCAGCUCUAACGAGAAAUGCUUGGUAGAAGAAAGAACGGUGUUUGGACAGCGGUAUUUUACCAGUAGGUGCGAGCAUGGACAGACGUGCGAGUCCCUUGCCCUGUAUCCCUCAGCAUUUGGCAGACGACGAGCUGUCGGCGAUAAGUGUCAUCAAUGUUGCCAUGGCGACCUGUGUAAUAACAACUGUAACCUAGCAAAUGGGGUAACUGCAUCCAGCACAGCUCAAACAGUGAUGUCAACAACGUCUGCCCCCGUGUCGUCUAAUGUCGCCUUCUUUGCAAAAUCCACGUCAGUUUCAUCCAGUGGACGCAUUAUAUUCAACCAAACCUCGGUUAAUAUAGGCGGUGGAUAUAACGCUGGGUCGGGGCUAUUUACUUGUCCUCACGCGGGCAUUUACAUGUUUGCUUUCGGAAUUGAUUCUCAUGGCCACAGCGUCCAAACGUAUUUGACAAGGAACGGUCGUGCUGUCGGCGUGGCAGCAAUCACUGAUCCAAAGAUGUCGUCCAUUGACGACUCCAGCACCGCUUUUGUCGUGCUGCGUCUGAACACGAACGACGAAGUCGUCGUACAACGGGCUGGCAGCCAAGACCCAAAUAACGGAUUCUUCGCUGGUUGGCAAAUCAGUCCUCUGGACAUUGACGCAGUAGCUUUCACGGUAGCGCUGAACAACAGCUACUCUUCAAGCCAGAUUCCUUUUAACAGCGUCAUCUACGACAACAGGGGAAGCUAUCAGUCCACUAACCAAAGCUUUACGGCCCAAGAGUCUGGGUUGUACGUCAUUGGGCUGACUGGAGAGCAAACCGGGGGCCAAUACAGUGACCUAGGCAUUCAAAUCAACAGAAACACGGGUACCGGUCUUAACACAUUUGCAGAUUCAGAGGGUAUCCACUCGGAUUCGUCUGCUUCUCUCGCUGUCUUCAAUCUAAACUCUGGAGAUAAUGUCCGCGGGGCAGGCAGUCACUUUGUUGGGUACAGAGGGACAACAACAUUUUCCGCAUAUAAAGUUUCAAACAGAUCAAUGCCAGCUUACACUGCGUUACUGUCAAGCGACACAUCCAGUACCAACAUAGUGUUCAAUGACGUUAUCGUAAAUACGCACCACGACUAUGAUCAUCUGACGGGUGAAUUCACGUGCAGCGUGCCCGGGACCUACCUCUUCACGUGGAAUGCAGUAACCAAUGGCCAUUCUCUCAGAACACGGCUGGUUAUUCAGAUCAAAGGAGGGUCUACUAUCACCGCUUUAGACAUCGUAGGAGAGGAGAAUAAGGGUGACGAGUAUGAUAGCAGCACUGGGGUGUUUAUAUACUCUCUCAAUUCCGGGGACACUGUCAGAAUUGUGAAAACUACGGGGACAGUGGAAGGAGGAUAUUCAUCCUUUUCUGGGUGGAUGCUUUUUUAAUUUAUGUUGUCAUGACAAUAGGAAUAAAAGACUUAAUAUU